AUGACUUUCUUCUGGGAAAACUGUCCCGACUCCUGCAAUGACAUUCGUAUCGUGCUCUGCCCAGGACGUCACCGCACCCCCAACUGCCCAUGGCCGCCCACACUCAUUGUCAAGGCCUCCCCCGGCCUUAUCCAGAUGAUCCUUGUCUUUUUACUAAGUAUUGGGUCCCUUAUAAUUUAUUUCAUCAAUUCAACAGAUCCUGUUGCAAGCUGUACUGCAUAUGAUGAUAUAACCAUUUCCUUUGACAUGAUAAUCAAUGGUUUUUUUGCUAUAUAUUUUGGAUUGAGAUUUUUGGCAGCUGAUGAUAAGAUCAAGUUUUGGUUGCAGAUCAAUACUAUUGUAGAUAUCUUUACCAUUCCAACACCCUUCAUUUCCUGUUAUUUAAAGCGUAAUUGGCUAGGUUUAAGGUUCUUAAGAGCACUGCGGCUGCUAGAACUCCCACAAAUUUUACAAAUUCUUGGAUCUAUCAAGACCAGGAACUCAAUGAAGUUUUCUAAGCUGCUAACAAUAACUCUGAGUUGCUGCCUCACUGCUGCAGGAUUCAUACACCUGGUAGAAAACUUCGGUGACCCCUGGCUCAAAGUUAGAAAUUCGCAGACUAUAUCAUACUUUGAGUGUAUUUAUCUGAUUAUUGCAACAAUUACAACAGUUGGCUAUGGAGAUUUUGUAGCCAACACAUUGCUAGGACGGACCUUCAUCAUAUUAUUCAUCCUAGGAAGCUUGGUCACAUUUGCUAAUUAUAUUCCGGAAAUGGUGGAAAUUUUAGCCCAAAAGAGGAAAUAUAACCGUUCCUAUAAAGCAUGUAAAGGGAAAAAGUUCAUUGUCGUUUGUGGAAAUAUCACCGUGGAGAGUGUGGGUGCUUUUCUAGGGAAUUUUCUCCGCCUUAAGUCUGGGAAGCUCAACACUGAAGUUGUCUUUCUGGGAGAAGUUGUUCCUUCAUUGGAAUUGGAAGCCCUAUUUAGGUGUUACUUGGCCUAUACAACUUUCAUCUAUGGAUCUGCUCUGAAAAUGAAGGAUCUAAAAAGAGUUUCGAUGGAAGCUGCAGAAGCAUGCUUGAUUAUAGCCAAUCCUUCAAGUGGGGAUUCACAUGAAGAAGAUACUACAAAUAUUAUGAGGGUGCUGUCUAUAAAGAACUAUUUCCCGAAAACCAGAAUCAUCAUACAGAUACUUCGUCCCCAUAACAAGAGUUUUCUGUCAAAAAUUCCCAGUUGGGACUGGAAUAGUGGUGACAAUAUCAUCUGCUUUGCUGAACUCAAGCUUGGAUUUAUCGCCCAAGGCUGCUUGGUGCCAGGAUUGUGCACCUUUCUGACGUCUCUAUUUAUAAAGCAAAGUACAAAGGUUUGUCUUAAAAAUCCCUGGCAGCAUGACUUUUAUAAAAGCCUGAGUAACACAAUCUUGACUCAACGCCUCUCUGACGAUUUUGCUGGAAUGAGUUUUUAUGAAGUUUGCCGGCUCUGCUUUGUGAAGAUGAACAUAAUGUUAAUAGCCAUUGAAUACAAAUCCAUGUUUUAUGGACCCAGACGCCUGCUAUUAAAUCCACCAGCACAAAUUAAGCUGCGUAAGAACACAUUAGGGUUCUUUAUUGCUGAAUCUGCAAGAGAAGUGAAAAGAGCUUAUUUGUACUGUGUCUACUGUCAUGGCAAUGUGUCUGAUCCAGAUCUAAUUGAAAAAUGUAACUGCAAAGCCAGAAGCCGAAGAAUAAUUACUGUAUCUUCUUCUAAACAGUUAAAAUGUACUUUGAAGAAAAUCAACUUCCGUGUAAGAGGGCAGACAAGUCCAAUUUCUCUUUCUGCUAGCACCACUUCUAUUUCUGAGCAGACAGCCAGGACUCUCCAGAAUUUUCAGACUCAAGAGAAGAGUAUGCUUGAUAGCAGUGGCAUGUUUCAUUGGUGCAAAGCGACUCCUUUGGAGAAUGUGAUUCUGAGAAAGACUGACAAGUUAAAACAUGGAUUUCAGAACCAUGUGGUAGUCUGUAUUUUUGGUGAUGCACAAUCGAGGCUGAUGGGACUUCAGAAUUUUGUAAUGCCCUUAAGAGCCAGCAACUAUACUGAACAAGAAUUAAAAGAUAUAGUAUUCAUUGGCUCUCUGGAUUACCUGAAGAAAGAAUGGCAAUUUCUUGAACAUUUUCCUAAACUAUUUAUUCUUCCUGGAUCAGCACUUUAUACUAAAGAUCUUUUUGCAGUCAACAUCGACAAAUGUUCCAUGUGUGUUAUUCUACCUUCCACAUCAGAGUCAUCAAGAAGUGCAACUUUGGUAGACUCAGAGAACAUCUUGGCUACCCUCAAUAUCAAAUCAUUUAAGUUUUUUCCUACUUCACCCACAACCAUGGAGAGAUUUUCACCACAGUUGGGAAGAAAGGGCAAAUUCCGAAGAGUCCCUGCCCUCACAGAACUGAAAAAUCCUUCCAACAUUCAUUUUAUUGAACAACUUAGUGGAAUGGAAGGGCUUUUUCCAGGGACAAACCUACAUCUCAGCACUGCCUUUGCAACAGGCACUGUCUUCUCUGGCAAUUUCUUGGACUCCCUCCUGGCCUCAGCCUUCUACAAUUAUCAUGUCCUCGAGUUUCUUGAGAUGUUAGUAAGAGGAGGAAUAAGUUCGCACAUGCAAUCACAUUUUGACAAUAAUAAGCAAAAGUCCCAGGAUCUUAUGCACAAUAGCACACUUGUAACUGGAAGAACGAGAUGUAAGCUGGGGCUCCUGCCCUUAGAAGAAAACGUUUUAUCAAGAAUAGAGCCCAAAACAUCAUUUGAACAAUUAUUCUGCGGUUCUUUAGAUAAAUUUGGAAUUAUAUGUCUUGGCCUAUAUCGUCUUAUGGACGAAGAAGAUCCAAAAGAUGAACCAAAAAGGUUUGUGAUUACCCGACCCCCCAAAGAUUUUAAGCUUCUGAUGUCGGAUCUUGUGUUCUGCGCCAUUCCUUAUGGUCUUAAGUGGCCAGAAGGACAGAGUGACCCCGUGGUCUGGCUGGCCCGGUGGUGCCACCUCAUUCAAGGGGGACCCAUCCUGAGACCCGGCCUGCCUGUUCUCCUCAUGCCCCUCCCUGACCCUUCCUCUUUGCCUCGGACCCACUUUGCUUCAGGGCGCUUCUGCAGGGAUGCUGUGGCAACUGGGGAGCAAGGACAGUGUCCUGGACUUGACAAAGAAGAAAGUCCUCACGAUUUUGCAUCUCCAGAAUCAGAGUCAGAAGAUGGAAUUCAUAGAGAUUCAAAAAAGGUGCUUGCUCUAAAAGAAAAGGUUCUUUCAGGCCAAACCAAGCCAGGCCUGCUAUUUGUCCUCCCACCGUUCACAGAAUCACCAAAGAAAAUUUAG